UGAUGAUGGUGUUCUAUCUUCUGGAUUAAGAUGAUGGUCGUGGGAGUGGAUUUACAAAUGUUGUAAUUGACACUUCAGUGGUUAUUGGCUCUUUGUAUAUUAUAUGGAACGAAAGGUAUUGUGAGAGGAGCUCUUCUGUUUAAACAAUUAAUUCUAUUCUACACACCGGAAACUGUAGAGAAUGGAAGACAUUUUCAUGUACCGAGGACUGCGACCAUGGCUAUAUCCGGACAUCAUCUUCAACUUGACUUCAUGUGGCAAACAGUUCAAGACUAAUGUCCAGAUUCUUCAUGGAUUAAGUGAGAAGUCCUGCACCGAGAUCGUGAAUCAUUUCCAAAUCCAGAUCGCUUCCUACCAGAAAAUAGUAAAAAAAAGACAUCCUUAUUCUUAUGUUCCUUUUUCUGCUGGACCUCGGAACUGCAUAGGUCAGAAAUACUCAGUGAUGGAAAUGAAAGUAAUUUUAUCAAGUAUCCUAAGGCGCUUCUAUGUCACAUCAUUAGACAACAGAGAAAAGGGGUUCGUUUGGAUAGUUGAUGUUAUAUGGUGUGAAGAACGCUCAAUCAGCAGGCGGCAGUAGAAAAUAAAAUAACGCCGUUUAUUUACACGAAGACACACAGGACAGCACAAAGACGGCAACUAUAUACAGCACAGAAGACGAUUAUCUUCAGUCGAGACGUGCAGCAUACAACAAGAAUCUACUGCAGACAAUAGUGCACAGCUUAGUUCAGUACUAGCUUGACUCCGUCACUGCUCCGCUUAUCCCUGGAAGGCCGUUAUCACCGUAAGGUAGAAAGAUAAUAAUCAGAAUAUGACCAGGGUCUG